UAGUCAUCCCAUCGACUGAGAAACACGCGCGCAGUUGAUCAUUGCGUCUUUGGAAGGCAUCGACGGUCGAGAAAUUCAGAGUCCCCCAUCUUCAGCCGCUGUGAGUGUCGCCGUCUCUCUGAACUUUCAUCGACGGUCGACAAAUUCAGAGUCCCCCGUUUUCCCUCACUUCUCUCUAUACUCCCAACCCUUUUUUUUGUUAUGCAUAUUUCAACACACACCCCACUCUAACACACCCACCACGAUGCAAAGCCUAAUAGCAUCACUCCAUGUUCCGCGAGCCAAAUCUUCAUUAGGGAUUUAAUUUUCCCUUUCAGUUUGUGCAUCAAUUGGAAUCCGAGGAUAAUUUGGGCAACUGGGUUGAUUUUUAGAAACGUUCUUGUUUCGCUGCUGCUGUUUGUUUGAUUAAUUCCGCUGACCUUCAUUACUCACUGACUCGUCGGUAUGAGUGGUGCUCCGAAGAGGUCCCACGACGAUGGGGGGCACUCUUCAUCUUCCAAAUAUCCCCACGAUGAUUCCAGCCCUUAUCGCAAGCUCUCUUCUUCAAUUCCAAUGCAGUAUCGCCCUUCCUUUGAGAUGGGUCAGGACACCCCAAUGUCGAAGCUUCCCCGCAGUGAAUCCCGGGAUGGAGAUAGAAGAUCCCCCCUGCACUCGAUUUUUCGAAUGCCCUCGUCCUCUAAUGAUCCUCAUGUAGAUCAUUCUGUUGCUUCGGAAAGCAGGCUGGAGCUGCGGGACUCCAAGGACGGUGGGGAUAACAGGUUUGAGAACCGAGAUUCAAGAGUGGAGGCUCGAGAGCUGUUUGGUGAUGAAAGGAGGGAUUCUCAAGCUGUGAAGUUGGAGAAGGAAAUGAGAUAUGAAAGCAGAUUGGAGGAUAUUAAGGAAAUGAAAUAUGAUAGAGAUAGUUAUAACGAUUACAAGGGUGACUUGAAGUCAGAAAAAGAGAUUUAUGGAUCAGCGGCCGGUCACUUGAACUGGAAAGAAUCAAAAGAUUAUCACAGGGGGAAGAGAUAUCCUGAAGCUCCAGUUGGAAGCACGGAAUCCUGGCAUGUUUCACGCACCAGUUCACAGAGUGCAGCCGAGGCUGUAAAAGAAGCCCCGACUACUGAUGAGAAAGAUUAUGUUGAAACAAGGGAGGCUGUUGGCGAGAACAAAAUAGAUUCAAAAGGUGAGGAUAAAUUUAAGGAGAAGGACAGAAAAAGGAAAGAUACAAAGCAGCGGGAUUGGGGAGACAAAGAUAAGGAAAGAAAUGAUCAUAGGAGCAGUACUCAAGCAACAAACAACAAUGUUGAGCCCAAAGACUUGUCUAAGGAAGAGAGAGAUGCAGAAAGGUGGGAGAGGGACCGGAAAGAUACCUCAAAAGACAAGGAAAGGCCUCGUGAAAGGGAUAAGGACCAUCAGAAGAGAGAAUCAUGGAAUGGAAUGGAUAAGGAGACUUCACACCUUGAAAAGGAGUCAGGUGAAGUGUCUGCGAGAAUGUUAGAGCAGGACAAUCCGAUUCCAGAUCAGAAAAAGUUAAAGGAUUUUGAUAACUGGAAAAAUGCUGAUAGAGAGGGUAGAGACAGGAAGAAAGAGAGGGAUACAGACAUUGAAGGGGAUCGACCAGAAAAGCGUAGUAGAUGUCAUGAAAAAGAGUCAGAUGAGGGAUGUGCAGAUGUUGAAGGGACUGUAGACAGAGAGAGAGAAGUUUAUAAUUAUGGCGUUCAGCAUCGGAGGAGGAUGCAACGUUCAAGGGGAAGCCCUCAAGUAGCAAAUAGAGAACCUCGGUUUAGGUCUCGUGCUCAAGAUAAUGAAGGAUUACAAGGAAAACCUGAAGUCUCGUCUGUGGUUUAUAAAGUUGGCGAGUGCAUGCAAGAACUAAUAAAGUUGUGGAAGGAACAUGAACAAUCCCAGAUAGAUAAGAACGGUGAAAGCCCACAAAAUGUCCCCACCCUAGAAAUUCGUAUACCAGCUGAACAUGUUACGGCUACCAAUAGGCAGGUCAGGGGUGGACAGCUGUGGGGAACAGAUGUGUACACAUACGAUUCAGAUCUUGUUGCUGUUCUCAUGCAUACAGGUUACUGUCGUCCAACAGCUUCUCCUCCUCCACCUGCUAUCCAGGAGUUGCGUGCAACCAUCAGAGUUUUACCUCCACAAGAUUGUUACGUUUCUACUCUUCGAAAUAAUGUUCGAUCUCGAGCUUGGGGAGCUGCUAUUGGUUGUAGCUAUUGUGUUGAGAGAUGCUGCAUUGUGAAGACCCAAUUGCAACACAUUGAUCCUUGUAUUAUAAGGCUUCUAUCAAUUUUUUNCACCCUUGCUCCUGUGGCUGUCGAGCGGACAAUGACUACAAGGGCCGCAGCUUCUAAUGCGUUGCGUCAACAGAGAUUUGUAAGAGAAGUUACAAUUCAGUACAACCUUUGCAAUGAGCCAUGGAUUAAAUACAGCAUAAGUAUUGUUGCGGAUAAAGGUCUAAAGAAGCCACUCUAUACAUCUGCGCGAUUGAAGAAGGGAGAAGUUUUGUAUCUAGAAACGCAUGCAUGCAGGUAUGAACUCUGCUUUUCUGGAGAGAAAAUGGUGAAAACCAUUGUAGCAUCUCAGGGGCAUGAAGCUGAUGCCGAGAAAUCUCAGAACCACUUUGUGCACUGCUCAAAUGGUGAAAGAACCGAUAAUGAUAAUACCUUGAUUGAUGUGUUUCGGUGGUCUCGAUGUAAGAUGCCACUGCCCCAGAAGGUUAUGCGUUCUAUCGGGAUUCCACUGCCUUCCGAACACGUGGAGGUACUUGAGGAUAAUCUGGACUGGGAAGAUGUACAGUGGUCACAGACUGGCGUUUGGAUAGCUGGAAAAGAAUAUCUACUUGCUCGUGUGCAUUUCUUGUCUAUGAAUUAGUUGCAUUUUUAUGUCUUUGAACUAGAUGUAUGGGAAUAUGUACUUCUUAAUCAUAUUAUAUUUCAGAGUAGGAUGAGCUGCCAUUACAAUAUACUGAAUUUUUAUUAGUUGAUAUAUCAUAUUGGAUGUGGAAAACUGGAGUCUUUGAUCA